AAAAUGCGCAAUUUUAAUAUAUUUGUCUAGAAAGUUACAUUUAAUGAGAUGAAAUUAAAAGUUUUAUAAGUGGAGGAGGCAGAGGUCAUUGACGCAGCUUAUUUGCUGACCAAAUAACACCCCUUUGCACAGUUUCAGCCCAUUUUUUGAGGUUUUUACUCAGACGUGGUUUCUGAGAAACCCUGUGGCUCAUCCACAGCCGCGAUGCUGUCAAUGAUUAGUGCGGAUCUGCUGGCACAGGCCAGGUAGAGAGACAGAGGGAGAGAAUGAGAGUGAGGGAGUGGAGGAGAGAGUGAGGGAGAGAGGGAGGAUGCUGCCAGCGGAAAAUGGCUGCUGCAACCUCAAGCCUAUCCUGAUACACCGAAACGACAUCAAGGUGGAGACAGAGAGAGUCGGAGGAAGAUUAUGGCAAAAUGAGAGCUGAUGGGGGGAGAAUGUGACUGACUCCAAGUGUUUCCUGAAAGGAGGAUAGACAAAAAGGAAGAAGAGAGGAGACCCUGGGGUGGGCUGCUGCAAGCGGCGGGCAACACCGAGCCAUGGAGGGCGAUGUGCGUGUUCGUGCCGUGGUGAUGACACGUGAUGACUCCAGUGGCGGUUGGGUGCCCCUCGGAGGUGGCGGCCUCAGCCAUGUGGUCAUAUGUAAGGGGCGGAGUCACGACGGCAGGGGGCGGAGAGAGUAUAUCAUACGCGGAGAGCGCCUGCGAGAUCGAGCACCUGUGUUGGAGUGCGCCGUGCAGAGGGGGUUGGUCUACAACAAGGUGAAUCCCAUCUUCCAUCACUGGCGGGUGGAGGACAGGAAGUUUGGCCUUACAUUCCAGAGUCCUGCAGACGCCAUCUCCUUUGAGAAUGGGCUGCAGACCAUCAUAGACAAGCUGGACAGAGGUACGGGCUCCGACUCACCCUCAUCCUCCACGCCGGAGGAGGCCGACACCGAGGACGACGGGCAGGCCUCCCACACAGGAAGCGAGUCGUCGUCCAACAGCAGAAAGGAGAUGCUUCCCAAACCCAUCACCAUAGUGACCAGUGAGUCUUCAUCCACUUGUUUUGUGCGACCAGAGGAGUUCAGCUUUGGGUCCAGCCAUGGCGUCACCACUCAAACACCUGCUCAGAUCCACAGUAGACCGGGACUGCACCAGCUCUCACAGGCUGUGCUGAACCCCCCCGCGCCGCCACCCCCACCUCCUGCUCCACCCACUCCUCCUUUGGGGGCCCCGACCUCGUCCCCGCUGUCUCCCCUCUCACCCACCAUUUCGCUGCUGGAGGAGGGAGACCUGCGCAGCGUGGACCCUUGCAAAGACCCGUGGGGGUCCCGAGGCUAUGAGGAUUACAGGCGCGCGGGGGCCACCAGGACUAUGGUCGGGGGUCUGACGGGGGGCGUGGUGGUCGGAGGCGGGGGGAGCCUCCAGGACAAGUCGGACCUGUGCGUGGUUCGCUUUGAGAAGGAGCUGGCGGGGGUGGGGACGGCCGGCUGCGAGGUGACGGUGAGCCUGGACAGCAAAGCCUCCCAGCGGCUGUCGUCGUCGUCGCCCACCUGCAUGUCCAUGUCCAUGUCCAACGCCGUGUCAGGCGUGUCCCUCGGUGCCGGCUCGCCCCAAGAGACGGGCAAAGGCUCGCCCUCCCCCUGCUGCAUCCACGCCUCCCUGGCCACGCCCCGCUCACGGACUCGGAAAAGAGGAGGGGCCAGCUGCGCAAGCGGCGACCCCGGGGCCAUCUCGCCCGACGACGACAGCCCGUGUCCGCAGGCGUCGUCGUCCUGCUCGUCCCGCUGCGUGUACUGCCGCUCCGUGUUCAGCGCGUCGGAGAACGGGCGGGGCCGCUGCAGGGACGCCCCCGACCCGGCGCUGCACUGCCUGCGCCAGUGGACGUGCGUAUGGUGCGCGGAGAGCCUGCUCUACCACUGCAUGUCGGACUCGGAGGGGGAGUUCUGGGAGCCCUGUUCGUGCGAUGACUCUUUGGGGGGCCACCCUCACCCCCUCUGCUGCGCGCGCUGGUUGGCCCUGCUGGCCCUGUCGCUCUUCGUGCCCUGCAUGUGCUGCUACCUGCCUCUGCGCGCCUGCCUGCGGUGUGGGGAGAGGUGCGGCUGCUGCGGGGGGAAGCACAAAGCGGUCCGAUGAUGGGGGGGUUGGGGGUGGGUGGGCGGGCAGGAAUCCCCGGAUUGAGGGGCGGGAGCACCUGUGGUGAGGGAGGAAGGAGGCGCGCGGUGCUCCCAGCAGGCCUCCAAAGCCCCCGAAGCCUUUUCACUGCAUUCAGCUCCUCCUCUUUUCAGCCUCACCGGUCCCACGCCGACUGCAGGUGCGCUGCAUCCGGGUCACGCUGUGCAGGGAUCACCUGGAGCCCUUACCGUGGAUUAACAGCUGAUUCACACAGAGAGGAUGGCAGAGGCAACAAUGAUGUGUACACUGUUUAAAACGUCCUUUUGAUUAUUUUUUAAUUUACAAAGAAACUCUUGGAAAAAACCCUCACCAGAUGUUUAUAUCUAUAUAUAUAUAUUAAAAAAAUUAUAUAUCUAUAUAAAUAUCUAUAUAUAUCUAUAUAUAUAGAUAUAUAUAGAUAUAUAUAUGAUUGCAUUAAUUUUAAUUGGUAUAUUUUAUUAAAUGUAAACCACAUUGACGGAAUUUCCAAACAGCACACACAUCCAUGUUUUCACUCCAGUGGAAGUUUCAUGUGUUCAUCGGUCAGAUGGGCACAUGUCACCCUUUACCUCUAAGUUUACCUCAGAUGUUACUCAAAUCCUGGUGGGUGGGGUGGGGGGUGUGGGGUUGGAGAGAGCACACUUUAAAGAAAAAGACAAAAAAAAAAAAAAAGGUCCCACAAGUCCUGUCUUGUAGUUGUAAGAACCAGCAGCGGAGGGCCGUAAAUGCAAAGAGACAAUGAUCGUGAAGGGAAGUUGCAAUGACAGACAUUCUAUUGUGAUCCAUACUGGUCCUUUUUUGUAAAAAAAAAACAAACACAAAACAUUUUCCUGACGGCAGUAAACAUCCUCACUUUGCACAUACCC